GGAUCAGUCCAAGAUCCGAGUAAACUGAACACAGUGACGUAAGUCUCUACAAGGACUGGAAUUCUUCCUCAUGUCUUCCUCAAAAUGCUUAACUUGGAGGUAAAAAUAAUCUGUUUGAGGUAAAGGACAAACUUCUGAUGGCGUUAGUGCUGGGCUCGGUAUGGCUGUUGUUGGCCUUCGUUGUGGCUUAUAACCCAGUGUCGGCGGCCGCCUGUUCAAACCAGGAGUUUACCUGCACUCAGGGUUUAUGUGUGGCUCCGGACUGUGUCUGUGACUUUACUAACGACUGUGAAGACAGCAGCGAUGAGAAAAACUGUUCCACAUAUACAAGAUGUGACUUUGAGGAGGGUUUCUGUGAACUGAUCCAAAUCUCAGAGAAGCCCUCAAAAUGGAUCAGAACAACUGAAGUUGCAGGACUCAAGCAUGACCACAAAAACAAAAUAGCACAUUUUCUUUCGCUUUCACCUGUUGGAGGAAACAGAACCCGUGCAGAUCUGAGCAGUCCUGUUUUCCUACCAAGUCACACCUGCCAGCUGAGUUUCUACUAUUAUGUCGGGGGAGCACAUGGAGAUCUUCAGGUCCUGGUUCAGACUCAUCCAGCAGAUCAGAGUACAGAGGUGUGGAAACAGUCCACACAGCUGCAGACGGAAACAUGGCUGCGGACGGUGAUUCGAUUUUCCAGCAGUCACAGUUUUCAGGUGGUAAUUCGAGGGGAACUUUCAGCUGACAGUGAAGCCUUCGAGGUCCUGGCCGUCGAUGACUUAUCCUUCAGUCCUGGCUGCAUGAUUCUGUCUGAGAGCAGUGUUCCUCCUCCUCCUGCUUGCCCUCCUUUGUGGUUUGACUGCGGCGGGGGGGAGUGUAUUGAAGAGAACAAAGUGUGUGACUUCACCCCAGACUGUCUCCAUGGAGAGGACGAAGCCAGCUGCCCCUCUGAGUGUGACUUUGAAGGUGGAUCUUGUGGCUGGUAUGAGCUCACCCCUGGCGACGGCUUCGACUGGUUCAAGGGCACGUCUAUGGAGGUUUCUCCAGAAUACUACGGUCACCCACCACCACUGGACCACUCCACUAACAGCAGUGAAGGUCAUUUCAUGUUUAUACUGAAGAACAGCAGCAGUCUAUGUCCACCAGCGGUUCUCCGAAGUCCCUGGUUCCAGCAGUCAGCCUCCGGCUGCACUAUGACCUUCUGGCAUUAUAACUCGGGUAUAUCUUUGGGGGCUGCUGACAUGUACCUUCGAAUCAAUGGAGUUCAAAACAAUACUGUCAUAUGGAGAACGUUCUAUGACCAAGGAACCCACUGGAACCAGGUCACCGUACAGCUAGGACGCAUCACCCAGCCGUUCCAGAUUGCUGUGGCUAAAAUCAGUCUCGGCAUAUUUGAUGGUAUCUCCGCUUUGGAUGACAUCACCUUCAAGAACUGUUCGAUGCCUCCAGCGGUGGCAGAGUGUCCUCAUCACACACAUUUCCAUUGUGUGCACACUAAAGCAUGUGUAGACCAUCUGCAGCUCUGUGAUCUUGUGGAUGAUUGUGGGGAUGAAUCAGAUGAGGAGGGAUGUUCUCCAGCGCUGCAGUGUAACUUUGAACAAGGACUGUGCAGCUGGACACAGGAACGGAGUGGAUUAGAUAUGUUUGACUGGACCCGCAUCCAAGGCCCGACUCCAUCCUUCAAUACAGGCCCCUGGAAGGACCACACACGGGGCACCACUUAUGGCCACUACCUCUACAUCGAGUCCUCUGUCCCCCAGGAGUUCAGAGACACGGCUGUGUUGCUGAGCAGAGUCUUCCAACCCACCCACCAGCAUGGGAAGGACCCGUCCAAGUCCCGCCACCACUGUGUUUUCCGCUUCCAUUACCACAUGUUCGGGUCGCAUGUGUUCUGCCUGGCAGUGUACAUGAGGACUUACGCUACAGGCCGUGGUCACGUGCUGUGGGUACGAUAUGGAGACCAAGGAAACAUAUGGCACCGCAAGACUCUCUAUCUCACCAGUGCUCGGCCUUUCCAGAUUUUAAUUGAAGGUACAGUUGGAGAUGAUUUUAAUGGAGACAUCGCCAUCGAUGAUCUUUCCUUCUUGAACUGUGAGCCAUAUGAAGGAGAGCUCCCCAAACUGAAUACCACUGCCCCUGCAGUGACCACCCCAGCACCCACCGUUACACCCCACAGCUGCCCUGAAGGACAGUUUGUGUGUGAGACACUUAAGGAGUGUGUUCCCCUGAGUCAAGUGUGUGACUUCAGACAUGAUUGCUCUGAUGGAUCAGAUGAAAUAAACUGCGUAAAGGAAAGGUGCAAUUUUGAAGACGGCGACACUUGUGGAUGGACGAUUGUCCGCCCGUCUUUGGCCCAUCCCCAUGCAUUUCGCUGGUCACCUGACCAAGGGGAGAGCAUUCACGAUGGAGAGCAGUACCACCGUCCUGUUAAUGACCACACCCUAAACAGCCCUGCAGGUUGGUAUAUGUAUGCAGAUAGCUCAAAUGGCGGCUACGGUCAAACCGCUGACCUCCAGACGCCUGUCAUCUCCUCCACUGGGCCACAGUGCACCCUGGUCUUCUGGUACCACAUGAGCGGAUUCACUGUGGGAUCUCUGCAGGUGCUGCUGAAGCACAGAAAUGUCACUCAUGAGGUUUGGUCUCAGGCUGGUAACCAAGGCAACAAAUGGAAACGAGGAGAAGUGUUUUUGGGCUUAUCGAACAACUUCCAGGUGGUGUUCAGGACAAAGCGGGGCAUCAGCUACAUGGGUGAUGUGGUGAUAGAUGACGUCAGCUUCCUGGAUUGCUCCCCUCCUCUUCCUCCAGACCAGCCGUGCACACCUGAGCAGUACAGCUGCGCAAAUGGAUACUGCAUCCCUCAAGACAACCUGUGUGACUUCAUCAACCACUGCGGGGAUGACUCAGACGAGGACCCCUACAUCUGCAAGGGCUUUAGCGGACGCUGCAGUUUUGAGUUUGACCUCUGUUCCUGGCGCCAGUGCCGACAGGAUGACUUUGAUUGGCUGAUCAAAGCAGGCGGCACUCCGACUGUUGGAACUGGGCCAUCAACUGACCACACGCUGAGAGACCCCUCUGGACAUUACCUCUACCUGGAGAGCUCUUUCCCGCAGGCAGUAGGCGACACCGCCUGCAUAACAGGACCCUUACUGAGCAGCAGGAGUUCAGAGUGCAAGAUGCGUUUCUACUUUCACAUGUCUGGAGAUGGUAUCGGGACCCUUAGCGUGUUCAGCAAAACCGAAGGACGUCUCCAUCUCCUGCUGAACCUGACGGGAGAUCAGGGCAACUAUUGGCAGUUGAGAGAGGUCCCGCUGAGCAGCGCCAGAGACUUCCAGGUCAUGUUCGAGGGCAAGGUGGGCCCAAGUCCGAAGCGUGACAUCUACCUGGAUGACAUUACUUUCUCUCCAGGGUGUCUUCUGGCCUCCUCUGAUGCAUUAACGGACAGCACUCCUCCGCCUCCUGCAGAGUCUUGUCCUUCAGACUUCCUGCCUUGUGAAAAUGGCAGGUGUUUUGCUCCAGGGCAGACUUGUGACUUCACAGAUGAUUGUGGUGAUGGCACCGAUGAAAAGGAUUGUGGGACUUCCUGCUCCUUUGAGGACGGUCGCUGUGGCUGGAAGAGCUCGCUGGCUGAUAAUUUCGACUGGACGCUGGGUACUGGAUCUGUCCAGAGCAUACGACCUCCAUAUGAUCACACGCUGAUGGAUGAGAACGGUCAUUUUGUCUAUCUGGAAGCUACACCGGUGGGACUGAAAGGCGAUAAAGCUCAUAUUAGGAGCUCUGUUUGGAAAGAGUCAAGUGCCAUCUGCAAGCUCUCCUUCUGGUACUACAUUUCCCACAAGGCCUCAGGAACCAUCCGACUGCUGAUCAAGAUGGAGGACAACUUGGUGGAGGUGUGGAAUAAAACGGGGCAUCAGGGGAAUCAGUGGAACCAAGCAGAGGUCCCCCUGAGGAAGCUCAGGAACUUUGAGGUGAUAUUUGAGGGGAUUCGCUCGAUGGACGUGAGCGGAGGAGCUGCACUGGACGAUCUGGAGUUCAUAGACUGUGCUCCAAGUGCUGUGGAUGCACUUAGUUGUCCCGCAGUCUCAGACUUUGUGUGUCACAGUGGCCACUGCAUUGAGUACCACCUGGUAUGUGACAACAAGGCCGACUGUGAUGAUGAAUCAGAUGAGAUAGACUGUGACCACAUAAUUGGCUCGCCAGGUGCCUGUAAUUUCAACAUGGAGGAAGGCCAGUGGGAAGAGAGCUGCCAGCUUUCUCAAGACGCUGACGAUGACUUUGAUUGGAGGAUCAGUCACAAGACCGAGACACCAGGAGCUGGACCUCACACCGACCACAGCCCAGGGGGUGGAGGGAACUUCUUGUACGUACACUCUGCCACUCAGAGGGAGGGUGACGUUGCCAUGGUGACCACCAGGAGUCCAUUUCCUGCCAGUAUCGGCCAGUGUCACCUGCGCUUCUGGUUCUUCAUGCACGGCUCUGACAGGAUGGGAACACUGAAGGUCUACACCGUUGGAUCCAGCGGUACCCGUCUGCGGAUGUGGGCAGCCACUGGAAACCAUGGCAACCAAUGGAGAUACGCUAAUGUCAUCCUGUCCAACCAGGCACCUUUCAGAGUGACCUUCCAGGCAGAGGUGGGUGGAGACAUGUGGACUGACAUCGCUCUGGAUGACAUCUCCUUCACCACAGAUUGCAUGAUUGGAGGACCAGUAACUCCGCAGCCUCUGACCUGUGGUGCGGACCAGUUCCAGUGUUCGUACUCUUUUCAGUGCAUCCCCCAGAGCUGGAGGUGUGACGGGGUGCCGGACUGCGUUGAUCGGUCUGAUGAGGAGCACUGCCCGGCCUUGGUACCCGGAACUCUUCCUCCUCAGGACGCCUGUCCGACUGGAUAUUUUCAGUGUUCAGACCUCCGCUGCCUCCCUUCCAUCCUGCGCUGCGACAGAGUCCUUGACUGCCCAGAUGGAGAGGAUGAGUACAGCUGCCCUCUGCUGCAGUGUGAGCUGGGAGAACUGGUGUGUGAAAAUUCGCCUGCUUGCAUCCCGCUUCAGAAACGUUGUGAUCACUCUGCCGACUGCCUGCCUUUCCACUCAGAUGAGUCCAGCUGCGAUGAUUGUCCUCCAAUGUAUUGCCUGAAUCUCGGCACAUGUGUCGCAGAGCAAAACGGCCCUGUUUGCAUGUGUAAUCCAGGAUGGACAGGAAACCGUUGCCAUUUGAGGGAGAAACCCCUCUCCACUUCAUCACCCACACCAGAGGACACAGAGCUGGAUGCUGUGUAUGCUGGCAUCGGUAUCGGGUUGCUGCUGCUCGUACUCGGACUCGCAGUGUGUUUUCUGGCUUUAUUCAAGAACAAAUGCUGCCAAAUAAAGCCUCACGCGAUGGUGACGGAUAACCUAGACUCUGACUGGGGAGCACAGCGCCCGUCCCUGGAUGAAAGGUCAUGUGGUUGUCCUGGCGUUAACCCCAGCAGGAGUGAUGGUCGUGGGCUUUCCAUUAGUGUCUACCCGUGGGGGCGGGAGGUGGAGCAUGGUUCGAACUGGAAAGACGCCAAGCUGUCCUUCUCCAACCCUUUGUACAAAUACCCCCCCGAUGCUAAUGGUGCUGACUGCAACAGCUCUGAAGCAUAAAAACAAUGGACCUUAUCUAAGAUGUUGGCAUUUUGCCUUUGUUUAGAUUGCAUAGUAUAGAUAGACAGUACAUGUAGGGAAAGAGAGCAGGGGAAUGAUAAGUUGGCAAAGGUCUGGCUGGCCGGGAGUCGUCCUUUAUGUGUUCAUUCUGCAAUCAGUCAGAUUUAAAUGAUGUCCUGACCUGCUGCUGAGGUACCAGUUUGGGUUGAAAAUAUAAAGAGUGAAUUUCAGAUAUUUUGCAAGAAGCUUUUCAAUGGUAGUUGUGAGCCGUAGCUACAGUCUUUAAAUGACUUGGCGUGGUAUUCCCCACUCGAUCUGCAGAAGAGCCGAUGAUCGUUGAAUCCGAGUUUUAUGUAUAAAUACCAAUAAAUUAGUUAUUAAAGCACUCAAAAAUUCUGUGUGCAACUUCUCAGAUCCACAGGAUGUCACAAAAAUCACCAGCACCUCGGACCAAAAUGAACAUGAGUCAAACAUUCUCCUUAUCGUCCUGCUUAAUUUACAACCGCGAAGGUUGCAUACACAAGAGCAAACAAAAAACAAUCCAGCGAGAGUGGAAUGGAAUGGAUGAAAGCGUAGAGGAGCAGACGAACCUUAAAGCAGCAGUAGUGACACUAUGGUACCUGUCAGUUUUUUGAUGUGUGUGAUUGCUUCCCAACACUGGAUGUCUGAUGGGCCUACAACUCGGCAGUGUAUGAUUGAGCUACUCUUCAACAGGAAUCAGCACAGGAUUCACCCCGUUACGACUGCACAAAAAUCAUCUGCACCUGAUUGGACGAUGCUUCACUUGGUGCUCCUGGAUUUAAAACUGGACCAACAUAGCUGCUUGCUUGGGCACUCCCUUUAAUUGUCUUCCUGAAGACAUUUGAGGUGAGAAAUAACCCACGCAGUUGCUGAAUCUGUCUUCAUUUUAGAUCAACAACCAUCAUUUAAAAAGUUUUUCAAGAAGUUUCGUGACACAUCACACUCGACGCUCCUCGCAUCAUUUGCAUUAAGUAGCCAAGACCUCAUCUUUAUGCAAAUUAGAAGAUGGCAACGCAACGCCCCAACUUUUGAAAUGUUGAAGUGAAGGAUGCUGUGGACAGGAACCAUCACGCUGAAAUGAAAUAAAAUGAAUGUACAUAAAUUAGUUUGAAAUGGAGUGGGACUUCACUCUUGGUUGUUUAUAAGCAGUUUCAAAGGGAGGGACUCGCAUGCACUAACAUGCAUGAGUGGCUGAACCGGCUGCCCAAACUUAGAACAGAGUGGUUCAGAUUACAACACCCACAGAGCGAGUGUGACUAUGUUUAUGUACGGUAUGAACAGUAAUGUCGAUUUAACUGCAGGAGCUGUGCCCUGUGCAGCACUAUGUUGCUUUCUUUUUGAGAUUUAGAAGAGAAGAUCAAUACCACUCUCAUAUUUGUCAGGUAAAUAUAAGCUCAAGAUGGUGAGCUAAGUAAGAUCCAAGCCUGGAAACAGGAGAAACAGCCACACUGUAACAACAUCUGCCUACUAUUACCUCUAAAACUCACUAAGUAACAUAUUAUAUCUUGUUUGUUUAAUUUGUACAAAAUAUUAAAAAUGCCGAGUUGCAGUUUUAUGGGUCGUGUUUCUUUGCCAAGAGCAAUAAACUUUUGAAUCUAUAUGGAGACUUUCUGCUGGCUAUAGCCAAGUGUGGCAUCGAUCUUCUCACUAAAUUCUUGGCAAGAAAGCGAAUAAAUGUACUCCAUUAAAUGCUGACUGUGGAAACAUUUUAAAAAAA